AUGCCAGAGGCGUUACAUAAAAUGGAAUCACUGGAAUCUUUGGACUUAUCUGUGAACCAGCUAUCCGGAGUAGUCCCUCCUGGACUGGCAAGUCUGACUUUCCUGUGUUACUUGAACUUGUCCUACAACAACUUGAGUGGUAAAAUUCCUUCAAGCACUCAACUGCAGAGCUUUGAUUCUUGGAGCUUCAUAGGGAACCGAUACCUCUGUGGCCCUCCAUUGAACAAUGGUUGUAGUGUACGCAAAGCUGUGCCUGGUUCUGGAAAUGGAGAUGAAGACGAUGAUUUUCUAUGGUUCUCCGUCAUCACAUCACUUGGCUUUGUGGCUGGUUUUGCUGUUACUGUCUGGUCUUUUUUCUUUGGAUUAUCAAACAACGUACUCUGGAUUUCCUAA